AUGACUCGCGGUGGUCCUAAUCGCCGGAGGAAGAGGCUGGUCGCGGCGUCUGGUCGUGACAGGGUUCGCCGGAAGCCGCAAUUCACCCGUGAACAAGGGUCGCCGGAAUUCUUCGCGAGAUGGAGACGUCGCAGAGGGCGCGCGACUGGUUCUGAUCGAAAUUCGCAGGUCCACGCGGAGGAUACUCGCCGGCGGGAGGCUCGCGGCGUCAGAUUUGCAGAGACUCGCGGCUUGCUGCUCGCGAACAGAGAUGAGUUCAUGGCGGAGGACUUGCGAGCAGGCGACGGUCGGGGGUACUGCGCGACGGAGGGGCUCGCCGGCGAUUGGUCUGCGCGUCGUUCAGAGGAUGGCGGAGGAGAAUAUGACGAGAUGAUGGUGAUGGUGUCGCGGCGCGCCUGGGUGGUCACAUCUUGGAGAUCGGCGGCGACGGGAAAGAUCAGAGGUAGGGAUGACGACGAUUGGUGGUGA